GAUGGCGGCGCAGAACCCGGAAGUGGACGAGAGCCGGAGCAGCCCGCAGCGCCGGGAGCCUUGAGGCGGACGAGCCGGCGGGGCUGGAACUUUUCCCCGCGGGGCUUCCUCCUCACCGCCGGGGGAGGCGAGUGAAGGCCAGGACAUGUUUCAGAGUGAAGCGCGCAGGUAAAAACCUGCUCCCGCCCCUUCCGUGAUGUCAUCAGCCUCAGCUUCCCCCAUGAAGCAAACCGAGGCCUAAUGCUCUCGAUGCACCUCAGCAUGGACGGGGGAAAGAGCUACCACCCACCGCACACGCACCAGCAGCCGGCCAGCACAUUGUACGGGAUCCCGGCUUUUCAGUCUCAGAUUGGCAUGCCCUCCAUAGAGAAUUCUGCACUGCCUGCCAGCUGGUGGAAUUCAGUCCCUUAUUUGUCCGCUCCGUAUUCAGCUCCAUCUUACCUGAGCGACAGCCAGCAAUAUUUUAAUACCACUUCCGAUUUCUACACGAAUUCCAUCAGCAGGACGCCGUUCUCGGACACCAACUAUGUAAAUUCGGGCCUUGCCAACCUCUUUCCCAAAAAUGGUGAUUUUCCUCAGGAUUCUUCAUACCUCAACGAGCUCUCCCACAAUUCCCUCUUCUCCUCCCCUGCUGACUCGCUCUCGGACAUAGCCGGACAAAUUGAAUUCGUGCCCGCCGACAGCCUCAACGUGCCAACGAUAUGGGACGUCAACACGCCGCAGCAGAACCAAAUAGAGCUCCUGCCUCCCGACCUGCAAGGCUUACAGGGUUUGCAAGCAAUGGACAGCCACGUUCCUGCUAUUCAAGACACCCCCCUUCUCUCAAGCCUUCAGUCCCAAACUCAGGUAGAAGAGGAGGAGGAGGGGGAUGACGACGAGGCGGAAGAGCUGGGCCACGCAGAGACAUACGCGGAUUACGUCCCCUCCAAAUCAAAAAUUGGGAAGCAGCACCCCGACCGGGUGGUUGAAACGAGCACCCUCUCCAGCGUCCCCCCGCCAGACGUCACCUAUACUCUUUCCCUCCCCGCCUCGAUUGCUGACAACGGGUUGCUCUCUGCCCUCCAGCUGGAAGCGAUUACUUAUGCCUGCCAGCAACAUGAAGUUUUACUCCCCAACGGGCAAAGAGCCGGCUUCCUCAUCGGGGACGGUGCUGGAGUAGGGAAGGGCCGGACCGUUGCAGGAAUCAUCUUCGAAAACUACCUGAAGGGGAGGAAGAAAUCCUUGUGGUUCAGCGCCUCUAACGAUCUCAAGUACGAUGCUGAGAGGGACUUGAAGGAUAUUGAUGCGCCCAACAUUCCUGUUCAUGCUUUAAAUAAGAUUAAAUACGGCGACACGGCUACCUCGGAAGGAGUCCUAUUUGCCACUUACUCUGCCCUGAUCGGUGAAAGCCAGGCGGGCGGCCAGCACAGGACCCGGUUGAAACAGAUUCUGGAUUGGUGCAAAGAGGACUUUGACGGUGUUAUUGUGUUUGAUGAAUGCCACAAAGCCAAAAAUGCCAGCUCCACCAAGAUGGGCAAAGCAGUAUUGGACCUGCAGAACAAACUGCCUCUUGCGAGGGUGGUCUAUGCCAGUGCCACAGGUGCCUCCGAGCCAAAGAACAUGAUCUACAUGAGCCGGCUGGGGAUUUGGGGGGAAGGCACGCCGUUUCAAUCAUUUGAUGAAUUCCUCCACGCCAUUGAGAAGCGGGGCGUUGGCGCAAUGGAAAUUGUCGCCAUGGACAUGAAGGUCAGCGGGAUGUACAUCGCUCGGCAGCUCAGCUUCUCCGGGGUCACCUUCCGGAUAGAAGAGAUCCCGCUGGAUCCCAAGUACAAGCUUGUCUACAACAGAGCGGCCCAGUUGUGGGCGGAAGCCCUGGUGGUUUUUCAGCAGGCCGCAGACCUGAUCGGCUUGGAGUCCCGGAAAUCUUUGUGGGGGCAGUUCUGGUCGGCUCAUCAGCGCUUCUUCAAGUACCUGUGCAUAGCUGCAAAGGUCCGGCGCCUUGUUGAGCUGGCCAAAGAGGAGCUCAGCAAAGACAAGUGCAUCGUGAUCGGGCUGCAGUCGACAGGGGAGGCUCGCACUCGAGAGGUCCUGGAUGAGAACGAGGGGCAGCUCAAUUGCUUCGUCUCCGCCGCUGAAGGCGUCUUUCUCUCACUAAUUCAGAAGCACUUUCCUUCAACCAAACGAAAAAGAGGAACUGGCAUUAAAAGAAAACGGAAACAGAGGGGCCGCUGCCCCAAGCCCCCCAAGGCCAUGUGUGACCUGACCAGCCCCAUUAUCAAAAUCAGCUCUGAUAGCAGUUCAGACUCCGAGGUCGGACUGGAGAGCGACUUCAACUCCUCCCCAGAGUCCCUGUUCGACAACGACGACGUGAUCAUUGUUGAGCGCGCCCCCAACGGCUUCAUGUGUGAGGAUCCAGGCAGCUUAUACCUACCGGGCCCCCAGAAGGAAAUGCACGGCCCAGGGGCUCUCGAGCACGUUGAGAAGAUGAAGCAGGACCUCCUGGCCAAGGUGAAGGCCCUGGGCAAAGACCUACCUCUCAAUACCUUGGACAAACUAAUUGAUCACUUUGGUGGGCCGGAGUACGUGGCCGAGAUGACCGGGCGGAAAGGGCGGGUGGUGCGCCGGCCGGACGGCUCCGUUGUGUUUGAGUCGCGGGCCGAGCAAGGGCUGUCGAUUGACCACGUGAAUCUGAAGGAGAAAGAGCGCUUCAUGAAUGGAGACAAACUUGUAGCAAUAAUCUCCGAAGCCUCUAGCUCAGGGAUUUCUCUCCAAGCAGAUAGACGGGUAAAGAAUCAAAAGCGACGUCUUCACAUGACGCUGGAAUUGCCCUGGAGCGCCGACCGAGCCAUACAGCAGUUUGGCCGAACACAUCGCUCCAAUCAAGUCUCCGCCCCAGAAUACGUCUUCCUCAUCUCGGAACUGGCUGGUGAGCGGCGGUUUGCCUCCGUUGUGGCCAAACGUCUGGAAAGCCUUGGUGCCUUAACUCACGGGGACAGAAGAGCUACUGAAUCCAGGGAUCUCAGCAAGUACAAUUUUGAAAAUAAGUAUGGGUCCAAAGCCCUAGACAGGGUCCUUCUUACCAUCCUCAACCAGACCGAGAAUGAAGUUCCCGUGCCGAGAUGCUACCUCAAAGGAGAGGCUGCCUUUUUCCAUGAAAUGAAGCAAAGCCUCUUCUCGGUUGGGAUCUGUUGCAAAGAGAUGCGCUACGGCUACGCAGAGAAAGACUGCUCCAUCACCAAGUUCUUGAACCGCAUCUUGGGCUUGGAAGUCCACAAACAGAAUUUGCUCUUCCAGUACUUCAGCGACACUUUUGACUACCUGAUUGACCGGGACAAAAAAGUGGGGAAAUACGACAUGGGGAUUCUGGACCUAGCCCCCGGCAUCGAUGAGAUCUACGAAGAAAGCAAGGAGGUUUUCUUGACCCCGGGACACCCCCAAGAUGGACAGGUGGUCUUUUACAAGAUCAGCGUCGACCGAGGCUUGAAGUGGGAAGAGGCCUACGAGAAGUCUCUCCAAUUGAUGGGCUCCUACGACGGCUUCUACCUCUCCUUUAAGGUUCGGGGCAGCAAGUACACCUGUCUGUUGGCGGAGCAAAACCGGGGAAAAUACUUCACCCUCUACAAGCCAAACAUCGGCAAGCAGAUCCAGUUGGAAAGCUUGGACAGCCUCCAGAAGAAGUACCGAAGGGUGUUGCCAGAACAAGCCAAAGAGCACUGGGAGAGCUCCUACGCUUUCUCUCUGAAGCACUGCAACCACGCCGUGUGGAACCGGAAUUGCAAACUGGUCCAGGAGGGGAAGGAAUGCUUCCAAGGGACCCGCCUGCGUCACUACUACAUGCUGUGUGGGGCGCUGCUGCGGGUGUGGAGCAAGAUCGCCAGCAUCAUGGCCGACAUCACCAACACCCACUAUCUGCAAAUCGUCCGACUCAAGACCAAGGAGAAGAAGAAGCAAGUCGGCAUCAAGAUCCCGGAGAGCUGCGUCCGGCACGUGCUGCAGGAGCUGGCCCAAAUGGACGCGAACGUGAAGCGGAAGCAGAGCCAGGCACUGCUGGCCGCCGCGGGGGCCAGUGCGCCCUACCCUCUGCUCCAGCAGCCUCUGGGCUUCCACCAGCCAGGAGGGUUUCUGCCCCAGGACGAGGUCUUGGACUUGACUUACAGCCCGCCCGCCGACAGCCUGCCAGACCUGGGAGGGGCCGGGGAGCCUCUGCCCUUCUGGGAGGACGCAGCCCACCAGCCGCAGCCGCCGGGCGCUCCGUCACCAUUGCAUUUCAGUUUCCCCGCCUCCUUCGACAGCACGGCCUUGGGCCCCUCCCAGCACGAACCCUUGCCCCCCACCCAGGCCCCCCCGCCGCCACUGGCCGACGUGCCGGUGCUCGACCCGGACAUCAACUACAAGGAACUCCUGGAGGAGAUGCUGAACUCGCUCAACGUGGAGCCGCGUGACAGCUCCCACGAGCGGCAGAGCGUCAUCCAGUUCAGCGGGCCUUUCUCCAACUUCUAGGACACGGGGGGGGGGGGGGCAAGCAAAGCUUGGGAGGGAGGGAGGGGCACUUUUUAUAUGGUUUGGAACGGACCACUUCUGUCUUUUUAAACGAGACUGGGGGACAAGACAGAGCGAACAAAAUAGGUAACAGAAGCAAAUUUAUUUAUAUAUAAUAUACAGUCACGUGGCUACUAAAUUUUUAUAUAUAUAUAUGUAUCGAUAAAUAUAUAGAAAGGGGAAGAGGUAACAGGGACGUCACGGAACGGGGGCGGAACGCCACCUGAAAACCCACGGGCAGUUUGGAGGACAAAUAGCUGCCGGCGGCCUACACCCCCCCCUCCCCCCGCGUGUUCUCCCCCUCCUUCUCAUCCAAGCUAAACUCCUUUCUACUUCCAAUUUAAACUACUGAGUGGGAAAGCCGUGGCCUUCGUACUUCUUCUAUUCUGGGUUUUUUUUUAGCAGGGGCAAUUCAAAACAGUGGGUGAGAGAUGGCGUUCUUUAUGUUUCACUGUAUCGUAGCUGGAGCUUCCCAGCUUUCUAUUUUCUUUUAAAACAAAACCAAAACACUGCUCCUGGCGUUUCUAGGUCUCGUGGCUUCUGGCUACGAUGGGAGGCAGGAUGCUGGAAUAGGGUUCUCUUGAUGUUACCCUUGUUCCUACGGUGUCCCAGAAAUCAGGUCUUUUCAGCCGUGACAGCUAAGGCUGGCGUAAAUUCCCAGUCCUCCGCCUUAGCUUCUCAACCCCUUCAUUGUGGAAACACUCAAAACGACGCACAGUGAACUAAGAAGUGAACAUUUGCACAAAACGGCUCGUGCGAUUUUGGCUUCUUUUUACGUGUUUUAUUUGGGGGAGGAGGCAGGGGCCGUUUCCCCAAGCAGCCUUGCCUAAACCUUGCUCAUUAAAAGGUUCUUGCAGGAAAUGUGACGAGAAAAACCAGGCCCAAGGUGUGUGGAGUCGUGGCCUUUAAGCAGAGAAAGCCCCUUGCUUUUGAUGACUGCAGAAAAUUUUGGGUGGGGGCUGUUAGCCCAGGUCACAAGAUCUCCCUUCAUAAUUCAAGAGAAGUUGUCACUGUGAACACCAAAGAUUAGGUUUCCUUCUAGCCACAAUUCCCAGGAGAAAUUUUCAGGAGAAAACUAUUCAAGCACCUGCCCUGUUCCUCUAGUUGUUUUUUUCCCCUGUUUCUCCCUUUGCCUUUAAGCAAAUUUGGAAGAGCUUGCUCCUUGAAUUUCCCUCCACCUUUGAGUCUUUCCCUUUGAGUCUCCUACAGGAGAGAAAGGGGGGAUAUAAAUCCAAACUCCUCCCCUUCUUCUUCUUCUUCUUCUUCUUCUUCUUCUUCUUCUUCUUCUUCUUCUUCUUCUUCUUCUUCUUCUUCU